UGUCUAAUAUAACUGCUGCCUGCCUGCUUGCUUCUUUUCGCUGUCACGUUUAUAGCCAACGCAAUAAUGGAAGAAGCGCCAGACAUUGAAAUUGAGCACCCAUGGCCAUAUUUAAGCGAAUUUUUUGAAGUAGUGGAAAGGAAGAACGAGUCAUUCAUUUUUAAGUGCCUUCUCUGUCUGCCUCAGAAGCAUACGAUUUCUUCUUUCAAGAAUUCGCCGUCCAAUCUAAAGAAACACAUAGAGAGAAAGCAUUCAAGUCACUUGGAAAGAUACAGUGCCCUGACAGCCCCUCGAAAAAGAAAAGCUGAAAACCCAGUUCCCUCCACUUCCAGACAACUGAAAUUAGGAGAAACGAAAAUUGUGAAUCAAACAAAGGUAGACAACGUAGUCAUAAAUUUUGUAAUUCAGAGUCUUCAACCAUUUACUGUGCUAGAACAGCCUGCGUUUAAUGCUUUAGUGCAAGAGCUACAGCCUAAUUCACGUGUGAUGUCCAGAACUACAUUGCGCCGGAAAGUAGAAGAGGGUGUCCAAGAAAUGAAGAGAAAUAUUAAACAAGCAAUGUCCUCCAUUGAAUUCAUUGCCACAACAACUGACUGUUGGAGUGCAAGAAGGAGAGGAUUUCUCGGAGUCACUGCCCACUGGGUGGAUCCAGAUUCAUUAAAGAGGUGCUCUGUGGCACUUGCUUGCCGGCGGAUUAAAGGGCCACACACUUUUGAUGUGUUGGGCAGUGCAUUGAAUGACAUCCAUUGCGAAUUUGGCAUAGAGAAAAAAAUAGUUAGAACCACCACAGACAAUGGGUCCAAUUUCAUAAAGGCAUUUAGAGAAUAUGGAGAACAACAACAAGAUGAGAACAAUAACUGUGCCUCCAGUGAGACUGAAGAGGAUGCUUGCAGUGAUGAAGAUGAACAGGAAGAGGAAGGUGUUGAUGUUGACUUCAUUGAGGUAACACCGAUCUUAAUGGAAGAUGAUGGCUUACAAUUUCAGCUUCCAAAGCAUCAUCGCUGUGCAUGUCAUCUAUUAAACCUUGUUGCCACAGUUGAUGCAGCCAAGGCCAAUUCCAAUGACUCCUAUAAAAGACUGUCACGAUCAGCUUUUGCGAAAUGCAGUGGCUUAUGGAACAAGACAUCUCGAUCCUCCACUGCUUCAGACAUCAUAGAGGAAACAUGCAAAAUACAACUGAUCCGGCCAAACGACACACGAUGGAACUCAUUAUUUCUCUCUGUUGAAAGAAUCGUGAGAAUAAUCAAAGAUGAAGGAGAAGGGGCCCUGAGAACUGUAUGCACUGCACUGAAGUUGCCAAUGUUGAGUUCAGUUGAAAUUUCCUUUCUGGAGGAAUUUGCCAGAACCAUGGGUCCUCUCGCCAAAGCCCUCAACAUUCUUCAAGAUGAGACAGAUGUUCAGAUGGGAUGGCUUCUGCCAACUCUGACGCUCCUCAUCAAUAAGCUUGAACGAAUCCACAUAAAUUCCAGGUACUGCAAACCUUUGGUGGAUGCAGUCCUAGAGGGACUACAAAAGCGCUUUAAAGACAUGAUGGCAGAACCAGAGUUUAUUGCUGCUGCCAUCCUGCUCCCAAAAUUUAAAACAGCGUGGACAUCUGAUGAGAACCUAUUAAACCUAGGACUUGCCUACAUCAAGGACCAUCUGGAGGAAGAACGUCCACAUCAGUCACCAGGCAAUGGAUCAAGUGCUUCAGAUGACGAUGACUUCUUUUCAAGCAUGAAAAAAACUCAUGGGCAGGAAAGUGUUAAACAGCUAGAAGGGUACCUUGCCUCUAAAGUAGACAACAAAGAGAUACUGCAAUCUUAUCCUGCGGUUUGCAAAUUGUCUCUUAAAAUCAACACUGCCUUACCAGCUUCUGCUGCAUGCGAACGUCUCUUUAGCACUGCUGGACUGAUUUUCAGCCCAAGAAGGGCAAGAUUGGAUGCCAGAAAUUUUGAAAAUCAGCUCCUUCUCAAACUUAACAAAAAAUAUUUUAGCUUUAGGUAGGUCAUACAGUUAACAGUGCUAUUUCUGUUAUUCUUCUGUUAUAGCACAUCACUACUAGUUAGUAGUUCUACAUACUGCGUAAGUCUUCAGGGAAAUCUAUUGGUGUGUUAGUGUUUGCAUAAAUCACACAACAACAGAAACUAACAUUUGUUUAUAGAGUGGACAUACAGCUGUGUUGUAAGGAGUCAUGUUUAGUAAAUUGGAAAAAAGACAUUCUUUGUAAACUUUGUAAACCUUUGUAAACUUGAGUAAAUCCGUCAGCUGUGAUGUAGUAAAGGAAUGUGAUAAAGGAAUAAGAU